AUUCAAUGUAACAACUGAUAAAAUUAAAAACAUGUGUAAAUGCUCGUACGUUGAAUUGCACUAUACACGAAAGAAUGAUUUAUUUAAGUUUGUUGGCACUUAUUAUUUUUGGAAAUGGUCAUUGCCAAAGUACAAGGCCAAAAUUGGAGCAAGACAAUGUCCUGUAUACAGAAGAAAUAGACUUUGCUUUUGAUUAUUGUAUAAGUCACAAAGGUUUAGCUCCAGAAAGAAAAUUUGAAUGGUUUUUCAAUUAUUCUUUUCCAUUGAAUAACGAACAGUCAAACAAUGAGGUAUCUGGUUUAUCCUGUGUCUUGAAUAAAUUAGAACUUAUCAAAGAUGGGCUAAUAAAUGUUGAGAAAGUGGCUCUAUUGCUUCGUGACCACAACUUUAGAUAUAAUGAGCAAUCGUGGAUCAAGUAUUUCAGAUAUACCAUAACUAUGGCUGAUUAUUGUCACUUUAAAGUUCUAUCGGAUAAGGCUAAUCUGGCCUACAACAAGAAGUGGACAAACGAAGAAAAUGCAUCUGUACAUUUUGUACAAUGCGUAAGGAAGAAAAUGGAAGAAGGGACUUUUGAGUAUAUUAGAGCAUAAAA